AUGGACCAGCUGAGAGCUCAGCUGGAUACGGCUCAAGGACCUCGUCAACGUCACUCACGAAGCUUGAGAACAUCUUGGAUGACAAUGGUGAGGGAACGAAACGAAUGGAAGAGAUGCUGGGCCCGCACAUCGAGUGAAGACGGGCCGUCUAAUCCAGGUUUAGCCGAACAUUCAGAUUGGUUCUAUUAUAUGGGAAAAACAUCCACAUAUCUAUACUGCAUGAAUAUCAUCGAGAUUCAAACAGAUUGUAUCUGCAAACGACGAAAAGAGUGCGGUUCAGUCUCGUUUCUACAUGGACGUAUGCAGCUAAGCAUAUGCAGUCCACCAUUCCUGACUGUACUUCUAGCAACUUCCCUUUUAUUAAUCACAGCUGGAAAGAAAUUAUCUUCUUCUACGUCAGGCAGUGGUCGGCGUCAUAUUCGCAAAGCGGAAGCACAAUUCGAGUGGAUCAAGAAAAGAUUAUUUGGAACGACGAAGUCAGCCACUAUUCAUCCAGGAUUGCCGAAAGGACGGAUGAUCGAUCCGCCAAUCAGAAUCACUGCUCCAAUAAAUCUCCUCGCAACUACUCCUAAAGCUCUGCCAAAGACAAGAAAUCCUGAAACAAAAGUAUUGAUAACUUCAGUUCCAGCAAAUUCCAUUUCAUUAACAGAAGAAGGAACAACUACGGCUGAUUUAUUAGGCGUUCUGGUCAACAGAAGGAACAGAACACAUGUGAAAAAUGUACCAGUAAAAAAGAGCGGUAUCGGUUUUACAAUAGGAAUUUUGGCAGCAGUGGUGUUUCUAAUAUGUAUCGUUGUUGUCGCGACAAUUGGGUUGGCAAUUGUUCGCAAAAAGAACAGAAAGAAAAAAGAAUCAAAGAAGGUUGUCCUGGCAAAGAGGCCACGCAAAAUGGAGUCAGCCAAUAUCAACGCGACAAAGUUCACUCAUGCAGGAGCACUUGUUCUUGAUAAAAAAUUGCGAGGCCCCGUGGUACACCAGUGUUCCAGUCAAGAAAAUGUCGUUCUACACUCAAUUCAGUUCGAUCCUCACCUGAAUGAAAUUGUAGACAUUGGGACCAAAAUUGAAAUAGUGAACGACAACGACACAACGACAACGACGAUGACAACAGCGACAGCAGUAGGAGCUGCUGUAGCUAAAAAAACGAUGAUGACCUUGAAAAGAUUCAAAGGCAAAAGAAAGGUGAGGCUGUCUUCGGAUGAAUUUGAUACUCAAUUUGCCCAUCUUCACUGA